AUGACGGACACAGGGAAUAUAGAUGAUGCCGAAGUAGCACGACAAGAAGCAUUAGAUAAUAAGGUUAUGGAAGCGGCAAUGAUGACUAGUAAGUUUGAGGAGUUAAAGGAGAUGACUGAAGUGUCUAGAAGUAAAGGCAAGGAACGAAGGUGCACGUACAAGGAUUUCAUGUCAUGCAACCCUGCAACAUAUGAUGGCAAAAUCGAUCCGAUAGCAUGCCAAAGAUGGAUUUCAAACGUAGAGGCGGUGUUUAUACGAAGUAGGUAUGAUAAGGUAGAUCAAGUGAUGUUCGCUACUGGUCAACUCACCUUUCAAGCAAAGGAUUGGUGGGAUGCGUAUAGUAAGGAAGUUGGUGAGGACAAGCUUCAAGACAUGACUUGGCAGGAAUUCAAGGAGCCUUUCAUGAGGUAUCACUGUCCUCAGUCAACUAUUGAUAAGAUUCAGGAGGAUUUCUUACGCCUCCGACAGAAAAACGAGAUGAUUAACGAAAUAACAAACACCUUCUUGGAUAAAAUGAAGUUCUGCGGAUAUUUUGUGAAGACGGAAAGAAUGAAGAUCAAUCGCUAUUAUGGUAUACUAAAGGCAGAAUUUAGGGAGUUAAUGACUCCCUAUAAAUGUGAAACCCUUGAUGAGCUUAUUGACUGGGCUCGGGAUAGAGAACUAGAGAUUAAAAGACAAGAGGAACGUGGUGAAAAGAGAUCAAUGGAAAAAGGGGCCAAUUCAAGUCCGUCUAAGAAGGCGAAGUUUCAAGACCAUGGAAAGAAGGAUAAGUCGAAGGGUGGCAUUACUCCUUGCAAGACAUGUGGGAAACUUCAUACUGGGGAAUGCCUUUUAGGCAAGAAGGGGUGCUAUAAUUGUGGUGAUGAAGGACAUCCGUACUACAAAUGCCCUAACAACCCAAAGACCUGUUACAACUGUUUUCAGAAAGGGCAUGUUAAAGCGGAGUGUCCUAAACUACAACAGGAAGCGAAAAAGGAAGGAAAGAAGGAGGAGAGCUCCAAAGCGAAAGGGUGGAUGUUCCAAAUAACAUCCGAAGAAGCCAAAGCUCACCCGAAUGUCGUUUCAAGUAUCAUUUUGCUAAAUUCCUUGCCGAUGUAUGUUUUAUUUGAUACCGGAGCCACUAUGUCGUUCAUUUCGAGUGAAGUAAUACAACACCCUUCAUUUAAGACUGAAAGAAUGCCGAUACCUUUAGAGGUAGAAAUAGCCGAUGGCAAGAAUUAUUUGUUGCACGAAGUUUGUAGGAACUGUAAGUUGAUCAUAGAAGAUGAGGAAUUUAACAUUGACCUUGUACCAAUGAUUUUGGGGGAAUUUAAAGUGAUAAUGGGUAUCGAUUGGAUGGCCCGAAACCAUGUAGAAAUUAAUUGUGAAAAUAAAACUAUAUCUAUCCAAUCUCCAAGUGGGAAACGACUAAAAAUUCAAGGAGAAAGAAAUAUAGAAGCGAAACUUUGUACCAUUGCCCAAGCAGUCAAGUAUUUUGUUAACGGAAGUAGAGCCUACUUAACUUACGUAGUGGAUAACCUACAAAGUCUCCCGAAGUUUGAAAAUGUCAAAAUAGUGAAUGAAUUUCCGGACGUGUUUCCAGAGGAAUUACCGGGACUCCCUCCCGAACGUGAAAUAGAGUUUCGAAUUGAAUUGAAUCCGGGUGCAAAACAGGCAGCUAAGGCUCCGUACAGGCUGGCCCCCACCGAGAUGCGGGAGUUAAUGACGCAGAUACAAGAUCUUCUCGACAAGGGCUUCAUAUGCCCAAAUAAAUCUGUGAUCGUGUUCAUAGAUGAUAUUCUAGUCUAUUCGCGAAGCAAGGCUGAACAUGCGAGACACUUACGGGAAGUACUUGAAACUCUCCGUAAAGAGAAACUCUAUGCAAAAUUCUCAAAGUGCGCCUUUUGGCUCAAAGAGGUGCAAUUUCUCGGUCAUGUUAUAAACUCGGAAGGUGUUUUGGUUGAUCCGUCAAAGAUAGAGGCCAUAAUGAAAUAG